AAUACAAUAGCAUUAGCCGUGCGAUAGUUGUGGUGACAGUCAGUCAGUAAACAACAAACACUGCGCUAAACCAUUGGUUAUCUGUUUAUGUGUUUAUAUAUUUCACACCAAAUUCAAUGAUUAAUACAAUUGUCAUGAAUGAGAAGACUAUGUGAUGUUUGGCUCAUAAAUCAUAUCAUUAUUGUUAUUCACAUUCAAUGAAACACAAAACACUAUUCAAUUGAGUGAUGGAUUAGAUAUCAUAUGAAUUUGAAUGAAACAAACUUUGAUCUCUUGAGCGCUUCCAAUAAAACUUCAAGAAUUCCGAGAUUUUUAUCGAGAAUUGUUUGCGAUAUUCCUAUCAAUCAGUCAAAUGACACAAAUAUUCACAGAAAUCAUAAGUUUUGGAAAAAGUAUUUGAAUCUCAACGCAAAGGGGUCGAGGAUUCCUGUCUAUCAGUGGAAACAUAGUUUUGGUCCAAAUAACAGACAAACAGAUGAAAAGUGGGAAAAAAAUUAUUGUCCUGUCAAUCGUUUAGAGGGAAAACAAAUUAACAAUAAUUCCACAAAUUUUGAUGAAUUAAAAGAAAUUUUAAGAUCAAAAUUAGGACUAAGUUUGUCGGCUAAUGGUUGGACACAAUCCGAGCCAAUCGAUUGCCUUAAGUUUAUGGUUGCGAUCAUUAGGCGUAACAUUAGUACUGAAGAGAAAUUGAAAGCAAUUAAACAAUUUAGAGAUCAGAGACUCGGAAUAAUCGCCGAAAAUAUGGAUAAAUACAGCGAUGACAGAGUGAGGGAAUGGGUGGACAGCGGGUACAUCAGUAACAGUACGAGUGUUGGUCCGCACGACGAUGUCUUCAAACCGAAUCAAUCCAUAAGUGAGAUACCGAACAGUCCUUCAAUUCCUGUGAUUAGUCCGAGAAUUAAGGAAAUGUUGGUUAGAAGAAGAAGUUAUAACAACAUGCGGGCCAUGGAGUUGAUUGCAAUGAACAGCAAAUAUAACAGUUUUAAUUCAGACCUCUCGAUGUCCAGUAUCUCUAGCAUUGAGUCGUUGUUAGAGUCUAGACGUGAAGACCCGGAAGAACUACUUUUAUCGCUCGGAUUCGGUUACGUUCCUGAAGAUCAGGCACUCAAUAGAAUUCCUCAAAGAUUUCUCGAAUCUCCCUCUUCUGCCAAAGGAGUAAAUCCGGAAAAUAUGUACAACUCUUAUGGUCUGAAAGACAUUCCGAGUCUCUCGCCGUCGGUAUCAUUCCAGUCGACAGAUUUACGCGAAAGAAGUUAUAGCAGCGGAAGAAUUAGUGAUCGCUUCAGAAAGAGGUUCAGUAGUAAAGAGUCGCUCAUGAAGACGGAUUUGCCCGAAAUCAUAACCUCUUCGUGCGGUUCGUUACCACAAUCGGAGAGUAUCUUAAAUCCGGCGAACCGUAAGUUUCUGGAGAGUCAGGGAAAGGAGGACCAACCGAACCAACUCAGCUCUAAACGACUUAUAAUUGGCACCAAAUCUUACAAACUCGAUACGGACGGCGACCCACUGGCCUUCCCUAAAACGCCAUCACCUUCGCCCAUCACCACAAUGCCGGUGACCGACAAUGAUAUGGAUGUCUCGCAAUCGACUGCAUCUGACGAACAAAUUUUCGACAAUAACCUGAUCGACAACAGAGGCAACAAUUUUUCUCAUAUGUUUAAACGAAACCCAUUUCAGCGGCAAAAUUGUGUUACAAAUCAAGAGUUGGGUUUCAGUGAACCCAACGUAAUGUCAUCGAUGAAUGACAUGUCAUCGGAAUUAUCUUCGAGUACCGCAACACUGAUUGGAACCGUCAUCAGCGGCACGAAUGAGAUUCACAACGAUGGCUACGAAAACAAAUGCGAUGCAUCCGCACAAACGGACAGGGAUUUGGGGCAAUCCAACAGUAAUAAAGCGGUUGAAGCGGCACUGGUAGUGGCCAUUCAGAGCCUCAGGUUGUCCCUCGAGUUCUACAGAUACCAGUCGUUAAAAUUGGCCAAAAUUUCUGCUCAAAAAUUGAACGAAUCGUUGGAUGUGAUUGACGACGAUUUGGCGAACCUCUCGAAGAUUCACGAAUUGAGAGAAUGUAUUCAUAAAGAAAUCGUUGAAAUGGAUGUCGUAUUGAGCCGACACUUACAGCUCAUCCACACGUGCAAUGUCGUCGACUUGUCUUUCAUAUCUCAGGCGCAGGUGUUUACCGAAGCGGUCAAAAAGGUGAAACAACUCCUCACAGAACAGCAGAACUUAUAUUCAAGACUCGGUUUCACUGAUUGUGAUAAUUGUUAAAAGUCUUCCAAUAUUUUACGCAUACUUUUUUGAAAACUUAGUAUUUUUAUACACGAAUUAAGUUUGAAUCGUUGAAUUGUGUCUUAUUUUAUAUAUUAUAGUAUUAUUUCGUUUUUAUAACUUCUAUUCAAUUCCUUAAACGGCAAUACAAUUGAGUUGAAGACAAUGAUUUCGGAACAGAUUUGAACGUUUGAACCUUCAAAGACAUGUCAAUUAUAUUAUUUUACACACAUUUUACAUAUUUUAUAUCAUAUUAUACCCAAAACGGUGAUCAAAGGGUUGAGUUUGCCGUCGCCGUCAAAGAGGGGCUGGUUAUCGAUUUUGGCGAACGCCUUAUUGGGGUUCGGGUCACAGGGGGUGCCCUCCACUCGCGACCACAAGCCUACGGUGCAAUUCCAGCCCACAAUUGAGUGCAUGAUUAGCGAAUGGUCUUGAAUUGUGGCGUUUCUUAGUAUAAUAGACUCCUUAACCCGUACUCCGGCGCCUAUUUUCACGCCUUCGCUAAUACUAACGUUGGGUCCGAUCUUUGCAAACAUAUUGUAUUCAAUGUUAUGUUAUUUGUUAUCAAAUAAUGCAAUAAAUGUUAUCAUUUUGUAAUCAAUAUA